CGACCUCGCUUUCCCCGACAGACUCUCGACAGGCAGCCAUUCUGGGCUCAGCAAAGGCACACCGGGGAUGAAGUUGCUUAUUAGGACCUGCCAUGCCCCCUCGGAACCCGAGUGAGCUGCCCGCAUCCAAGUACGGCACCCAGCGCGCACGUAGCCGCAGUCGAUUCACAACGGCCAUCUGGUUCACGUCAUUGCGCGCUUCAGACGUCUCAACAGCAGCAGCCUCGACGCACCCGACGCACUCUUAUCUGCCCGCCACUAUCCGCGCCUUCUAGAAGCCAAGCCCUGCGCCGUUCGUCUGUCCGUGUUUCGAGUCUGCGCCAGCCACUCAUCGAGGCGCAUUCUCGGGCAGCCCUCGACUUCCCCCCAACAUCACGCCCAGCAGCCAAACUGGAGUCUCUCUUGCUCCAGCCGCGCGCGGGUCCCGCGGGUAACCAGGCCAGAGGCCACCCACAUCCCGCCAUGAACGACAAAGACCCGCCGCCGUUCGGCUACACCUUCAACGGCUUCUUCGAUGCCGAUCUCACGGCCCUCGAUACUAGCGGGCAGUCGCUCCUCAGCGACAUGGAGCACCAGUCGCUCACUGACUUCUUCUCCAACACCGACCCCUUCCACCUGUCCGACUCGCAGGCCUUCCCUCUGCCCACCUCCGACACAAAGGACAGCGCCGACGACUUUGGCAUCUGGAACAACUUCAUCACCCCCGCGACGGUCCACCGCGUGUCGACGACGAUACCAGACCAAGCGCACCUGCAACACGGCUUCGACGUGGACCAUGGGUUUGCCCAGCCGCCCCUACCCACGAACCACCUGGGAAAUACGCACGACGACCUACAGGCAGCGACGACGCUGUUCAGCAACUCACAGUCAUCGUACUCAAACGGCAGGUCACAUAGCUUCCACGCACUGCCACCCCCAAACAGAGAUGCGAGCACGAGCACCGCUGCCGAGUCCAGCCAGACCCCCAAACCCAUGGCCUUCACGACGCAUGGGUUGAUCAACGAGCAACUAGCCACGCUAAUACCGCACCACGGCGAGCACGGCACCAUAGAAGCGCAGCUCGCCGCACAUUGGGCUGCCAGCAACGCGCAACACCAACACGAGGCAGAGUUCAGUGCCCUACUGCACCAACCAAGUUUAAAAAGGUCCUAUACCUUUGGCACGGACGACUCGUUCAACAACCCUUCGGGCUAUUCUGCGCCAUCUGGUCAGGAGACUGAGGAGCAGGUGACACGGCGGUUGCUGCGCCAUGCUCAGCCUUUCAUACGAACUGGGGGAGACGCUGAGGGGCCAAUUCCUGGCCCUGGCCCCGGCCCUGCUGGGCACAUCCAUCUUCCGCCCGCGUUUGUCGAAUCACCAAGCGACGACGAACAGUCCGAGGAUGGCACGUCCGAGGACGGGGAUGACGACGAUAGGCCAGUCAAGAAACGGCGAAAAAGCAAAUACCGCAUCAGCAAAAGCACAUCGCGAAAGAGCAAUUCGCGAAACGGCAAAAGUCGCAAGAUGUCACUCGCCGAGGAAAGCAGCAAGAAGAAGCGAGCGUCGGCAGCAAGCCAGAAGAUGCAGCGUGAGAACUUGACGGAAGAGCAAAAACGAAGUAACCAUAUCCUGUCUGAACAGAAGCGUCGGAACCUCAUCAAGCGCGGCUUCGACGACCUGCAUGACCUUGUCCCUGAGAUUCGUAACGGAGGGCUGAGCAAGAGUAGUGUGCUGACAGAAGCUGCCAACUUUCUUGAGAAGCUUAUCCAAGAGAACGCGUCGUUCAGACAGCUGACUGGCGACGUCAAAGUUUGCAUGUCAGAAUGACGGCCCCUGUUCUUGUAUUUGGCGAUUCCAAAUUUCUCGGUUUUCCUGGCAUCAUAUGGCCUGAUGCACAGAGGGGGGUUUUACUUUGGUGAUGUUUUCACGUAAUGGAUGUUGGAGUUUGAUUUGCGACAGCGAUACCCCUGGGAGAGAGAAUGAAUGUAUACUAUAGACUAUACGCCCCCAUGCUCACCGAAGAAGUGUUUCUUCACAUGAUGCUGAUGUGGUAGUUGCGAGGUUGGUGGAGCAGUGUUAAUUUUGUUGUGUUGUGAAUAAAGUAAGAACGAAACGCUAUACUACGAAGCAGUAUUACUGGUGGGUAUCUCCAAGUCUUAAACCUAUGCCGGCGAAUAGAAGUGAAGAUGGAAGUGAAUAAAAUGGUCUUCGUCGAUUAAAAUGGGUAUCCUCCUGUCCUCUUGUGCCUUCAAUCUUACUCG